UUGUGUGAGAUUGCUCUUCACCUCUUCCCCUCCGACCCUUCUUCUCUCCCAUUGGCAUCCUUGCCUCGCCGGGACCCUCCAACUUUAGCGAGGUGUGUGUGCGCGCACAGGCAGGGAGACUUCCCCCCCCCAGUCCUUCCUGGGGUCGCUUCCCAACGGGGGCCGCUUCUGGAUCUCAGAACGCUUCCAUUUAAAGGGCUCGUUGGCUUUUCCUCUCGAAGACCAGCGUUUGUGCUUCACACACACACCGAGAGAGAGAGAGAGAGAGAGAGAGAGAGAGAGAGAGAGAGACAGACAGACAGACAGACAGACAGACACACAAAGAGAGAGAGAGAGAGAGAGAGACAGACACAGAGAGACACACACAGACACACACACACACACACACACACACACACACCGAGAGAGAGAGAGAGAGAGAGGGAGGGAGAGAGAGAGAGACAGACAGACACACACAGAGAGAGAGAGAGACAGACAGACAGACAGACAGACACAGAGAGGGAGACACACACAGAGAAAGAGAGAGAGAGAGACACACACACACAUAGAGAGAGACAGACAGACACACACAAACACACACACACAUACAUACACACACAGAGAGAAAGACACAAAAAUCGGGCGGUUGUGCCUUCUUUCAAAAAAAAGGGGGGGGAAGGGGAAAGGAGGACCCGAGGGCUCCGCGUUAGAAAAUCGGACUUAAAAGCGUCCCUCAGGCAAGCCCAACUUGCCCCGACUUUCUUGUCGUCUUAACUGCAGACACAACAGAAACCGGCAGGGGAGGGGAGAGGGAGGAGAGGGGGGGAAGCGCGAGUCUGCCUGGCUCUUUGGCUUCCUUUCCCCUCCCCUUCUUUUAAAGCAGACAAAGUAGACAGGGCCGGCCGCACUCCCAAUCUUGCUCGCUCUCCCCUCCCCCAGGUGUUUGGAUAUGGAUGGGGUGGGAAAGGGAGGAGAGCGCAGCGCUUAAGCUGAGAGAGAGAGAGAGAGAGAGAGGCGGAGGGGGGGGCGCUAUAGGAGUGCAGCGCAAAGCGAGCUCGCCGUCCAAAGCCUUUUAACUUCCCUCGCUCUCCUCCUUCCUCCCUGUUCUUCCUCUCUCUUUCUCUCUCUCUUUCGUUCUCUCUUCCUGCCUUCCCUUUUAUUCUCCGGGGGUGGAAAAGCCACCAUGCCUCAGCUCUCGGGAGGCGGCGGCGGCGGCGAUCCGGAGCUUUGCGCCACCGACGAGAUGAUCCCCUUCAAAGACGAAGGUGACCCCCAGAAGGAAACGAUCUUCGCCGAGAUCAGCCACCCGGAGGAAGAAGGCGACUUGGCCGACAUCAAGUCUUCGCUGGUCAACGAGUCGGAAACCAUCCCCAGCAGCAACGGGCAUGAGGUGUCUAGGCAAGGCCAGUCUCAGGAAGUUUAUGAAAAAGGCAGAGAACAUCCUGAAGAAGGCAAACACACAGAUGGUGUUCUAUACAGUAAAGGACCUUCUUAUUCUGGUUAUUCUGGGUAUAUCAUGAUGCCAAAUAUGAAUAAUGAUCCAUAUAUGUCUAAUGGAUCUCUUUCUCCACCAAUCCCUAGAACAUCCAACAAAGUCCCUGUGGUGCAACCUUCCCAUGCAGUCCACCCUCUCACUCCACUCAUCACCUACAGCGAUGAACAUUUUUCUCCAGGGACACAUCCUUCACACCUCCCCUCAGACGUCAACACAAAGCAAGGCAUGAAUCGGCAUCCUCCAGGUCCUGAUAUUUCCACCUUCUAUCCCUUAUCUCCUGGAAGUGUUGGGCAAAUAACCCCACCACUAGGCUGGCAAGGUCAGCCUGUAUAUCCCAUCUCAGGUGGAUUCAGGCAUCCCUACCCAUCCUCACUUUCAGUCGACACUUCCAUGUCAAGGUUUUCACAUCAUAUGAUCCCAGGUCCUCCGGGACCCCACGCAACUGGAAUCCCUCACCCUGCAAUUGUAACACCUCAAGUCAAACAAGAACAUCCACACACAGACAGUGACUUAAUGCACGUGAAGCCUCAGCAUGAACAGAGGAAAGAACAAGAGCCCAAAAGACCUCACAUUAAGAAACCUCUGAACGCUUUCAUGUUAUACAUGAAAGAGAUGAGAGCGAAUGUUGUAGCAGAAUGUACUCUGAAAGAAAGCGCAGCCAUCAACCAGAUUCUCGGCAGAAGGUGGCAUGCCUUGUCGCGUGAAGAACAGGCAAAAUAUUACGAACUCGCCCGGAAAGAAAGGCAGCUACACAUGCAACUGUAUCCUGGCUGGUCUGCAAGAGACAACUACGGAAAGAAGAAAAAGAGGAAGAGAGAGAAGCUACAGGAGUCAACAUCAGGUGGGAAGCGACAUACAUUCUCAACCUGCAAGACGAAGGCAGCGUCAUCAGGGCCUUUUCUUGAGAUGGAAGCUUGUUAAAAUCUCCAUGGAUGUCCUUCAUGUAAACAGGCAUAUAAGGAGUACGUCCAAGGGUGUCAAAUUUUACCCUGGUGUCUCUGCUAAAGACAUUGAACCAUAAAGACAAUCACUGCCAUGUCCCUUCACCAUCACAGAAUUCCGAGCCCAACUCAAAACGGGAGAGCCAAGAGUAGCAUUUCAGAUCUUCCCCCUUUUUAUCUCCAGUCCGCCUUACACUCCUCCAUUUGUAUCUUCUAUGUUGUCAGUGCUGAGUCAACAACAAAAUAGUUCAGCUGUAUUCGUUUUGCUUUAGUCAAAAGAAUGAUAUAAGGCCACAGCAGCAGCACUGGCUUCCAUCUUGCCCGUUCACACUGAAGGAACCAAAACGUAAUUUCUUGAGGAAGACAUUAUCCGGUUUAUUUAAUGGUGCAAGAGGAUGAAUCUUGAUUUUCAGAUUCUAAAAAAGAUAAACUUGAAUGCUUCUAUAUUUUAGUUAUUGCCUUGGUGUACAUUUUUAUUGACUUUGAGGUUUUAAAGAAGCAUUGAAAUCCCCUCCCCCGACGUUUUCUUUUUAAUAAAAGGUUUUUAAAUAAUAGUAGAUUUCUUUUUUCCUGUUGGAGAAGAACAAAGCAUUUGGAAGAUAAAGCCCUUUUGUUUUUGAAUUAACUAUUUGUAACAGAUGAAAUCAUUGUACAUGUACACUAAACACGUGAUCCACUUCAUCUCUUUAUAUGUGUAAAAGCAACAUACCUUAUUGGAUCUGAUUUCAGUAAACUCUCCUACUCACAUAUCUGAAUUUCCUUGGUUUUUUUUUUUUUUUUAAAGCCCAGCACUUGGAUUAUUAUUACUUCGAAUGUUCUGUACUUGUAUCUGUUUCUGUUAGCCUGUUUAGUGGGAUUUUAUGCCAGUUGUUGAAAUGAACAUUGAUGUACCCAAGUUUUUUGUUUUUUUUUUAGUUCAAGGCCUAGCCUUUGCCAAAAAAAAAUAUGGACAACCAAUAUAUAUUUUGUCAUUCCAAUUUGAGUUAAUGUGCUGAGCAUUUUUGUUGUUGUUUUCAUGUUUUUUUAAAAUAAAAGCUUUGUAAUAAAACUACAAAAUACUUA